GCGCUGCCUGAUUGGUCCGGAGUAAAACGUCAUUUCCGGGAAGAACUCUCAUCACUUCCUAAAGCUGCAUCCCCGUAUGUUUUGAAUUCGAGAUCUUUCUCAGUCUCCUAGGGUUUCUUGCAAAGGUAAAAGAAACUACCAAGUUAGAAAUACAAAUGCGUUUAUCCUGCAUAAUAGUUAUGAAAAUAGCCAUAUUUUUUUGUUUGAGUGUUUUCAUUUUUAAGCCACUAAAAGCUCAAAGAUCCACAAUGUCUGAUGAAGAGUUAAUUUCUGUGGAUUAUGAAAUAUUUGGCCGAGUACAAGGAGUGUUUUUUCGCAAAUAUACCCAAGCUGAGGGGAAGAAACUUGGCUUAGUCGGCUGGGUUCAGAACACCAGUGCUGGGACGGUUCAAGGGCAGCUACAAGGUCCACGCGGCAAAGUGAAGGAAAUGCAAGAAUGGCUUAGAUCAACCGGAAGCCCCAAGUCACGCAUAAGCAAAGCAGAGUUCAAGAAUGAAAAAACAAUUGAUAGCUUAGAACACUCAUCUUUUAACAUAGUGAAAUGAAGUAGAUUCAUUUCACCAUGUUGUUAUUCUUAAAAUGCAUGACAUAUUUAUUUAGUUUUAUUAAUAAUACUAUUUUAAUGGUUGCAUUAAAGGAACUAUGUUGAACUCCAAAUGUGAAACCACUCCGUAAGAAGCAGUUAAAAAAAAGGUUAACCUUUAUCUGGACUGUUAAUAAGAAAUAAAUUGGGUUUAAUUUAAA